GGCCCCGUCCUGCCCCCGGCCCGGCCGCCGCUGCCCAAUCGGUGCCGCGGGGCCGGCGCGGCGGCGCCAUAAAGCGGCGGCGGGCGCGGCCCCGGGAGCCCAGCGUGGGAGCCCGGCGUGGGAGCCCAGCGCCCGCCGCCCAGCCCAGGAACCCCCUUGUCCGGUCUGCAGCCAUGGCCACCUCGGCAAGCUCCCACCUGAGCAAAGCUAUCAAGCACAUGUACAUGAAGCUGCCGCAGGGGGAGAAGGUCCAGGCCAUGUACAUCUGGAUCGAUGGGACAGGGGAGCACCUCCGCUGCAAAACCCGCACGCUGGACCACGAGCCCAAGAGCCUUGAAGAUCUCCCCGAGUGGAAUUUUGAUGGCUCCAGCACCUUCCAGGCUGAAGGCUCCAACAGUGACAUGUACCUGCGACCUGCUGCUAUGUUUCGGGACCCUUUUCGCAAGGAUCCCAACAAACUAGUUCUCUGUGAGGUCUUCAAAUACAACCGCCAAUCUGCAGAAACUAACCUCCGACACACCUGCAGACGGAUUAUGGAUAUGGUGUCCAACCAGCACCCCUGGUUUGGUAUGGAGCAAGAGUACACUCUCCUGGGGACGGAUGGACAUCCAUUUGGCUGGCCUUCCAAUGGCUUCCCUGGACCCCAAGGUCCAUACUACUGCGGGGUAGGGGCAGACAAAGCCUAUGGCAGAGACAUUGUGGAGGCCCACUACCGAGCAUGCCUGUAUGCUGGCGUGAAAAUUGGAGGAACCAAUGCAGAAGUGAUGCCAGCCCAGUGGGAGUUCCAGGUGGGACCAUGUGAAGGGAUUGAGAUGGGGGAUCACCUCUGGAUUGCACGCUUCAUCCUCCAUCGGGUGUGCGAGGACUUUGGUGUCAUUGUGUCGUUUGAUCCCAAACCCAUCCCUGGGAACUGGAAUGGUGCUGGCUGUCACACCAACUUCAGCACCAAGAACAUGCGGGAAGAUGGAGGUCUCAAGCACAUUGAAGAGGCCAUUGAGAAGCUGAGCAAGCGUCACCAGUACCACAUCCGUGCCUACGACCCCAAAGGGGGGCUGGACAAUGCCAGACGCCUGACAGGUUUCCAUGAGACAUCUAACAUCCACGAAUUCUCCGCUGGCGUGGCCAACCGUGGUGCCAGCAUCCGCAUCCCCAGAAAUGUGGGCCACGAGAAGAAGGGCUACUUCGAGGACCGCCGUCCCUCCGCCAACUGUGAUCCUUAUGCUGUGACAGAGGCCCUCGUCCGCACGUGUCUCCUCAACGAAACUGGAGACGAACCUUUUGAGUACAAGAACUAAGCGCACUGCGCCCACAAACACUGCCUUCCCCCACACUUCCCACACCCCUAAACUUCCUUUCUAGAUGUAAUCCCAAGGGUACAAGAUAACACGUUUUGUGUCUCAGUAACUCUUGUUGUCUUGAAACGGGGAGGAGGGCAAAUUUAGUUUUAUUGAUGUCUGUUUGUCAUUGACUCUUCAGAUGAUAAAGGAGAGGGUAUUAGAGAACUUUUAACCACUGUUUUAUUUUUUUGUCUAAUUCAUGUGUACAUGUGAUGGGAUCCAGUGGCUUCCAGGGACAAACUGGACACAAAAAGUGAGUAGGUGGGUGGAAAGCUUAAAACUCUAGCUGACUUCCCCAGGAGUCAAAUUUGGGGUAUUAGCCCCACCUCUGGCUCUCUGCAGGCUUAUGGUUCUCCAAGGUUGGCACUUUUUUGUGGAGAAUGGAAGACAGGAGCUGUGAUGGAGCCCCGCAUGCUCCUGCCUGUAUGGUGUGAGGGGGAGAUCUUCACCCUCUGGCCACUCUGAGGUUUCUUUGGAAUCUUCUGGCAUUGAGCUCAGUCUCAGUGUAGGAGCAUUGGGGAGAGCUCCUGGUUCUGUCACUGGAAGUCAACUGGUCUCUGGCUCAUAACACAGAGUGAAGUAGUAUUUUUCUAUUUAAAUAUAAAAAUGACAAAAAAAAGUGGUUUUUUUUUUUUUUUUGAAAAAGGAGAUGAUGUUCCAAUGACUCACCCGGCUAGAGCAGGCAGAGCUCCUGAGGAUGCUGUUGGAGGGCUUCCAGGUGGGACUGAGGGUGAGCUUGGAGGGCUCAGCAGAGGAGACUUGGAUGAGAUUUGUUUCAGCUUGGAGUGGAGUUUGCAGGAGGUGGUUCCCAGACCUGGGAAGUCUGCAGAAGCAUUUAUCGCUGUAACUUGAGCAGCCGCAAUGCACUUAUGAGCGUGUUAGAACAACAGGAGGAAGGUGUCCUGAACUAGGAGUUGACUGGUCAACUUAACCACGUUCUGGACAGAGCUGUGCAUGUUUUACCUUUCCAGCGGGACUUGCAUGUCACUAAAGCAGGGCUUUUGAUAAAGGAGAAAAAAGUUUUAGAUGAUGAUUUUUCUUUCCCCAUAAUGUUCUUAGUUUCUAAAACUGAAUGGUUUUACAGAGAUUGUUGAUGUCACUGUUGUUUCCUGGCCCUUGGGCUGCCUGCUGUGAUGGGGGCUAGGAGAGGCCACCUGUCCUGGCCAGCCCUAGCACCUCCCAGCUCAUGCCAGGGGUUUCAAACGUUCCAGGAUUUUACACUUAGGUAUCUUAGAUGGUGCCAGUUAUAUUCCGUUGCAUUUGGACUUCUGAAUAGUUGGGGUUUUUUUAUAAUAAAAAAAGAAAAAAAGAACAAAACCUUAA